GCAGCAAAUCUGGAAUACCAACAGAAUUGCUGAAUACAUCUAUGGUAGCUCUUAUAUACAAGGCAGCAUGGCUACUGUUCCCUUCAUAUCGCCACUGCUUACCACUCCUCUGAGUGAGAGCUGACAGCCCAAUAUUUUGCGACUGGGAUGUCUUGUGUUUGCCCUUUCUUUUUUCUGUUCAUUGUAACUGAAUUUCAAUCAUUUUGGAAGCCCAAUGGUCAGGUGUUAUUUAAAAAGGACCCAAAGAAGCUAAACAUGGGAAUGGUUUGUCUUGGGUAUAGCCAGCAGUUGCAGCAAAAAACCUAGUGACUCCUGAGGUAGGUGUUCUGCAAGGAAUGUGACCUCUUUCAAAAGAGAGCAAUGUGCUUUUGAUGCUGAGAUGUACCAAGCCUGUGUAGACCUGCAGUAUGUUGUGAGAUUUGUAAUUUUUGGUUUUCCUUCCUGUACACUUGGCAUUGAAUCCAUUUAUAUAGGUUUAAGGUAUCUACGUAUGAAGCUGUUUCACCCAGCAUUCCAGAAGGCAGUAGACAAUUGACAAAUCUAUAAUGUCUGCAAGUCAAGAAGAAAGUGAUGAGCCUGCUCCUGUAGACAGCAUGAGCUCCCAGGAGAAAACAGAAGAGCUCAAAACAGCUGAACAAGUGAAACGUGAUCCAACAGAUAAAGUUGAAAUCCUCCUCAAGCCUGUUGGUGAUGCUCCCAUCAUGAAGCUGAAAAAGUUCCUUGUGGAGCCAAGCAGAUCAAUUGCCAAAAUAAUAGAAUUCAUUCGAAAGUAUUUGAAACUUGGCCCUUCUGAGUCACUGUUCCUGUAUGUGAACCAGUCGUUUGCUCCUUCACCAGAUCAGAUCAUACAAAAUCUGUAUGAAUGCUUUGGUUCAGAUGGGAAACUUGUCCUCAAUUAUUGCAAAAGUCAAGCUUGGGGUUGAAAACCUUAAAUUUGCCCAACUGUGAUCUUUGUGUGAACUGUGUAAUGUGGUUUUUUUUUAUUUUCAUCCACCACUACAU